AUACCCCGAUACGGUUAGUCGUGUGCGAUAUAGUUCAGUUAAACUCAGCCUCUCAGGACAACAUGAUAAAUGAUAAGUGUGAAUCUGUAAGCGGUGGUCAAGAGGAUAUUGAUCCUACUGAACGGGCCCCAGGGAGUUGUAAACGGUUGGCAAGUCACGCCCUUGUUAUAGCAGUAUGUGGCGGGGUUGUUAUUGGAUUCGGACUUGGGUUCGCACUUCGUCAGACUCACCUUUCGGAGGAUGCUAUGAUGUGGACAGGAUUGCCAGGUGAAAUAUUCAUGAGAAUGUUAAAAGUGACAAUCUUACCAGUUAUUGUAUGCAGUAUCAUUCACGGUACGGCCACCAUGGACCCUCGCUCGCACGGCCGGGUUAGCCUCCUAACCUUAGGAUUUGUGUUCCUGGCCAACACUGUGGGCUCAUUAACCGGGAUCCUAUGUUACUUCAUCGUCAGACCAAGCGAGGGGCUGGUGGUGGAGGAUGUAACACAAUAUACAAGUGUCAGCACGGAUAUACAGCCACAGGAUAUGUUUGCCGAUCUGAUCAGAAAUAUUUUUCCUGACAAUAUACUGACCGCCUGUUUCCAAAAGACGCAGACCAGAUACGAUUUAAUAAGCGAAUUUAACUCUACUAAUACAAGGCUGUCCCGCUCCAUUGGUACAGCAGCUGGUACAAACGUUCUAGGCGUUUUGUUUAUGUCAGCUGUCAUUGGGACGGCCUCAAGCACGUUGGGUGAGAAAGGCAAGAUUGUUGUCGACUUUUUCGAAGCUUUCUCGGCCAUUUUUAUCAAAAUGCUGACAUGGUUUAUGUGGUCGACUCCUGUGGGCGUGGCCAGUCUGAUAGCUGUAUCAGUGGCCCGGGUGGUAGACAUUGAGGAUACGUUCAGCAGUCUAGGGCUUCUGGUGGUGGCCUUCUUGACAGGAAUUAUUUUCCAUCAGCUGGUUCUGUAUCCCGUCCUACUGUUGACAAUCUUCAGAAUGAACCCUUUGUAUUUCUACCUCAAGUCAGCGAAGGCUUGGAUGGCAGUGUUCGGUCCUCCAAGCUCAGCAAUCGGGAUUCCGGAAAUAUUACGACUAUGUGAGGAAGACUUUACUGUCGACAAGAGAGUAUCAAGGUUUGUAGUCCCGUUUGGAGCGACGGAAUCUCGUAUUGGCAGCACGCACUUCAUCGCUUUGUCCGUCCUCUUCUUGGCCGGAGUACAGGGCGUCAGCCUCAAUCCCCUGCAAGUUUUUACUAUAUGGAUACUGUGUUCUAUGUCAUCCCUGGCUGUACCUGCUGUUCCCAGCGCCUCCCUUGUCGUAGUCCUAAUCAUAUUGACGUCCGUCAAUGUCGACAGUGGCGCGAUGGGUAUUCUCUUUACACUUGAGUGGUUCACAGACAGACUACGAACCACCAGUAAUUCCAUGGCGAAUAUCAUCUGUACGAUGACAGUGGAUAAGUUAUGCAAAGGAAAAUUGGAAGUGGUUCCUACUGACAAAACACAGCAGCCAAAUGUAGAUAGCUGUGACAGCGAUAGUGACACAGACGGCACAAAAUCUGUUCUUUUAAAGAUAAUUUAAAUAUCUAUAAAUAAAACAGAGCGCCGUGAAAUUUGACUGCGUUUUACGUAUUUAAGUGUAUCGUGAUCUUUUUUCAGUUCCAUUUGUAUUCAUUGAGAAGAAAUUGCUUCACCACUGAUAUACUAUCUUGGCCGGGUAUCGAACACGUAAAAGGUAGUCCGCCAUUUGAUCCCGAAACUAAUCCAAAUUAUGAAAAAUAUUGUUUUGUUUUCUUUUAUGAUGGAUAUACAUUAUAUAUCAGAAAACUGUAUCAAAAAAUCUACAUUGAUAAUUUUGUUUAUUUUUUAUCCCUAUUUGGAUCAAUAUUUCCCGAGUUUCCUCUCGUUUUAUCACCAGCCUUGUGACACUCUGAAAAGAGAUGUCCGGUGUUGUAGCAAAUUCGCACCAAGUCAUAUGUUUGACCCAUUAGAAGUGAAACAUCUUAUUCUUGUAUACACUAAGUAUGGGAACAUUUUUGCGAGUUCGAUCGACAUCCAUUUACCGUGAUUAUUGGUGACGUCUAAACUAAUAAAGUUCGAAUUGAGAUGUCCGAAUACUCCAGCACAGUUCCCAGGUAAGAAAUUUGGAUUAAGACUUUGACAUAGCGAGGCACUGGGCGAUCCUAUGCGUUGUAGCUCCGCUUUUAUAUGUCGACGUGCUCUGUACAAUAACACAAAGCCGUAAAUCAGCAGCAUAAAUAUGUCACCAUAGCAACUGCAUGUCCCGAAAUACUUUUGUUUCGUAUCGUUCAGCAAGGCUGAAUAAAUAAUGAUGUUCUAGAUAGGGAGUAAUACAAUGAUAGAAAAUAGUAUGGACCCUUCGUGUCAGUCAAAUUUUAUGUGUUUUUGUUUUCAGUGAGUUCCAUACAUUUUAGUUUCGGCAACACUAAAAACGAACUACUGUAUCCCUCGCCCUGAUUGCAUUUACUUCCGUGUUAUUCUUUCAACCUCCACACAAAAUAAAUUUCCGCUAGCGGCCGGUGGUGGAAUGUUGCAAUAUAACGCUUCCUAGCUUGAGAGAUGUCAUGUGAUUGCGU